AUGGAUAAGAAAACUGCUGAAGACUCGCGCAAUGGCGUGGAAGACGCUGGGGAGCUCGAACUCCUGUCAAUUCCGGAAAUCUGUCCGAUCACGACCUGGACAGGGGCGUCUGGAACUCACGGCCAAGCUGGUGCGCUUGGUCUGGGACAGCAAGUUUCCUUCCCUGUCACCAUGUUCAACACCUUUUGGUCCUAUGUCAUGCCCCUGGUGGGCGGCUACCUCGCGGAUACCUAUUGGGGCCGAUACCUGACCAUUCAAUACGCCAUCGUCAUCGCAACGUUUGGUCACAUCAUCAUCAUCAUUGCCGCGAUCCCACAGGUGAUUGAGAACCCGAGAGGCGCCCUCGGAUGCUUCAUGGUGGGGCUGCUGUUCUUCGGCACCGGCGUGGGCUGGUUUAAAGCAAACAUUUCACCACUGGUAGCGGAGCAAUACGAGCUCGUACACCCGCGACCGACCGUUGAGACGCUGCCCUCGGGAGAACGCGUCAUCAUCGACCCCGUCAUGACGAUAUCUCGCAUCUAUAUGCGCUAUUACUUCCUCAUCAACACGGGUGCUCUGGUCGGGCAGAUCUCGAUGGUGUAUGCGGAGAAGUACGUGGGAUUCUGGCUCUCUUUCCUCCUUCCGACCAUACUCUUCCUCGCCUGUCCCCUCGUGAUGCUCGCCUGCCGAAAUCGGUACGCGAAGCGGCCACCGACCGGCUCCGUGCUCGGGAAAUCCGUUGCCCUCGUGUCCUUUGGUAUCCGCAAGAACGGGAUCCGAAAAAUUACAAAGGACGAGUUCUGGCACAGCAUCCGCCCGAGCGCGGUGUCCGACAAGCCCGCGUUCAUGACGUUUGACGAUGCCUGGGUCGACGAAGUCCGCCGCGGGCUCAAAGCAUGCGCCGUCUUCAUGUGGUUUCCGGUCUUUUGGCUUGCCUACAACCAGAUGAACAGCAACAUGAUCAACCAGGCAGCGUCCAUGCGUCUGAACGGAGUCCCCAACGACAUCGUCACCAACUUGAACCCGUUCGCGUUGCUCAUCCUCAUCCCCAUAUGCGACAAGCUUUUGUAUCCGGCGCUGGCCAAGGCAGGCUUCCGGUUCACACCGAUCAAGAAAAUCACCAUCGGCUUCUUCUCGUCCGCGGUGGCCAUGGCCGUCGCCGCCAUCAUCCAGCACUUUAUUUACGAAAAGGCUCCGUGCGGCUAUAAUUCCAAUGACCGGGACUGCUACGACGAGCUGGGCCCUCCGGACAUGUCCGUCUGGAUCCAGACACCCGCGUACGUGCUUGUAGCUCUCGGAGAGGUCAUGGCCUCGAUCACCGGACUCGAAUAUGCGUUUACCAAAGCACCCGCCAACAUGCGUGGCCUGGUAACGGGCGUAUUCUGGUUCGUCCACGCCUUUUCGGCCGCCAUCGCUCAAGCGUUCACGGGGUUGGCCACCGACCCUCUCCUGGUCUGGUUGUACACCACCGUGGCCAUCAUAUCGGCGCUGGGCGGGUUCGGGGUAUGGUUCAGUUUCCGAAAACUGGACAAGGACGAGGAUGCGCUCAACGCGCUACCGUCGUCGACUUAUGUAGGGCGACGUGACGAUGAAGAGAACGAGAAGAGCACCAUGAGCGACACUCAAUCCGACGAUGCCCCUCAAAGGCUCGUCAGGUUGGAAGAAACCCGCGGAACCGUCCUCUCGCAACGGCGAACGCGGGCGUACUCCACCGUUUCGAACGGAAUGGUGCGCAUCCGCUCCCAUAACGGAUUCGGCGUAUGCGACGGGACCAACGAAAUAGACGACGAAGAGACGGAGAAAUGCGCAUUCGAAGUUGGCUGGGACUCCGAUGAUGACCCGCUCUGUCCCCGGUCCUUCUCUACUGUUCGAAAGUGGUUAAUUGUUUUGAUCGUGGCGUUUUGCGGCUUUUGCGUGGCCACCGCGAGUUCCAUAUACACGUCCACUUAUACACAGAUGGAGGAAGCGUUCGGAAACUCGAGAAUGGUGUCCAUCGUGGGGCUAUCCAUGUUCGUUCUGGGCUUAUCGUUUGGGCCAAUGCUCUUUGGACCCCUCAGCGAGUUUUAUGGCCGCCGAGCCAUCUACCUCUCAGCAUGGUCCAUGUUUUGCAUCUGGUUCAUCCCUUCCGCCGUCUCACAAAAUAUCCAAACGAUGCUCGUCGCGCGUUUCCUCAGCGGCUUCUCUGGAAGCGCUUUCCUCGCCGUGACCGGAGGAACUGCGGGAGACCUCUUUAGUCGAGAUCAGAUUCAGGCCGCCAUGGCCAUAUUCUCGGCUGCACCUUUCCUGGGGCCGUCCCUUGGUCCGGUCAUCGGCGGCUUCAUCAACUACUACACGGGUUGGCGGUGGACGUACUAUGUGCUGUUGAUCUGGAGCGGGGCUAUGCUGGCAGCCAUUGCCUUCUUUGUCCCUGAAACCUACCGAAUGGUGGUUGGCGCCGCCACCACCCCGUUCUGGCACCGCUAUCACAUCCGCCUCACCGAUCGCGCCGAGGUCAAAGGGAUGGGCGAGGCGGAGUUUCAGUUACCCCCAGCCAUAUUCGGCGCGCUGGUCGUGCCAAUUGGUCUAUUUUGGUUUGCAUGGACGACGUAUUCGUCGGUUCCUUGGAUCGUGCCCGUCCUCGGAGCGUCUGUGUUUGGACUUGGUCAAAUCCUCGUGUUUACCGGGAUCUUCACGUUCUUAGGCCAACCAGGCCUUACCACUUUGAGCGUCACUCAACGGGAGACACGCCGAACAUCAUCGAGAGUCGCGGCCCGCAUCUCAACGGUUACAACCGUUCGGUCUAGCGCACUGAACGAACCACGGGAUGUAGCUCCGCUCCGAAAUGUUCCCUUUGCUUCUCACGAAGAAUACGGCUACUCGCUGGCGCCAUUUGCCUCCGAGGUGUUGGCUGAGGCGGGAAAGGUGAUUGCGGAGCUGGGACACAGGGUCACGACCCACCCGGGUCAGUUUACGCAGCUCGGGAGCCCGCGCAAGGUGGUUGUCGACAACGCCAUCCGCGACUUGGAGUACCACGAUGAAAUGCUUUCGCUGCUAAAACUCCCUGAGCAGCAGAACAAGGACGCCGUGAUGAUACUCCACAUGGGCGGCGUGUUUGGCGAUAAGGCCGCCACGCUCGACCGGUUCCGCAAGAAUUAUGCGGGGCUUUCGCAGGGCGUCAAGAAUCGACUGGUGCUCGAGAACGAUGACAUGGGCUGGAGCGUGCACGAUUUGCUCCCGAUAUGUCAGGAGUUGAAUAUCCCUUUGGUGCUGGACUAUCACCAUAAUAAUAUCGUAUUUGAUCAGGAGAAGAUCAGGGAGGGCACCUUGGAUAUCAUGGGGGUGUACGAAAAUAUUAGCAAGACGUGGCAAAGGAAGGGAAUCACGCAAAAGAUGCACUACUCGGAGCCAACCUCGUCAGCCUUGACCCCGUCCCAGAGGCGGAAGCACUCUCCGCGUGUCAUGACGCUGCCUCCUUGUUCGCCAACGAUGGACCUCAUGAUUGAGGCCAAGGACAAGGAGCAAGCCGUAUUUGAAUUGAUGAGAACAUUUAAGCUUCCGGGCUUUGAUACCUUCUCCAACUUGAUCCCUCAUCAAAGGAACGACGAGAAUAAGCGACCGAUAGCCCCCAAGAAGAAGGCGAAGAAGAAGGGGUCAACGGCGGAAGACGGCAAGCAAGCAGACCACUCUGAGAUACAGCCUGUCGUCAUUCCCGAUGAAGAGGUCGGGAUGGGAGGGCCCCAAGGUCGCGUUUACUGGCCUCCCGGCAUGGAGGAAUGGCUGAAGCCCAUGAAGAAAAACGGGGCAGCGAAAGAAGCGUCUGUGGCAGAUCCAGUUGCGGGCCAAGAGGGAUCUGAGAGCGAGGAAGAGUCCCUUCCAGUGAGCAAGCGAGCUCGAAUCAAGAAGGAGGGCUAA